CAUCUCUUGAUCGAGAACUUUUCAGUCAUUUAAUGAAAUUAUGCGAUUCAACGAGUUCAACUAGUUCAAAUUUAAUCGAUUUAGAAAAUUUUACUGAUCAUCGUGAACUCUCAAUUACAAGCAAUAAUAAUAGUGCUGAUGCUAAUGGGGAUAGUGGUAAUAAUAAUAUUAAUAAUAAUAAAAAUAACAGCAACUCUAAUGAACAAAGUCGCCAGUGUGAAAUGUUUUCAUAUACUGUAACAGUAUUUUUCUUAGCGUGUAAUUGGCAUUUUAAUAGUUCAGUCUACACAAUCAAUUCUCCGUCUAAAAAUGAUCCUGCUGAUUCUGUCUGUGUGAAAAGUCCUCUAUUGGAAGCAUUGCUCAGUGAAUCAAUAUCAUCUCGUCUUUUCCUUGAAAUAGUUAUUCAGACAUUCAAUCGUAAUUUCGACCCGACAUUUAUGGUGACUUUCCUUCCAAAGCAUAAAAAUGAUGACAGAGAAAGUUGUCUAAUCCAAUGGGUUAACUUUUGUCAGUCCAAUAUACAUGACAGUUGCACUAAUGAUACAUCUACUGCCACUACAGCUAAAGGUUUAGAGGAGUUUUUAAAAAUAUUUGAAGCUAAUUCACGCACUGACAAUAAUACUCAUGAUGAUUUAGAAUAUAUUGAAAGUCUGUGGAAUUCUAAUCUAGGCUGUCGUCAUCAAAGCAGCUCUUUAGAGCUGACUGACAACAAGCCAGUACUGUCUGAUCAUCAUGUCAAUUCAACAACUAUGCCUACAAAUACUGUGAUCAAAUUCCUUUGUGAUUUAUUCUACUCUCCGGAUACUUCAGUGCUGAUCUAUCAUAAUGAUUUUGAAGUGAUUAUUGAAGUGAUAAAUCGACAAUUACGCGAUUUAGAACCUGAUUCUGAGGAUUUACCUCAUUUCCUGCAACUCUUGGGCAUCAUGUCAGCCAGUUCAUGUCUUACAGUAAGAGAUUCCGCCAAAAUUCAUGAUACAAUAGAUUCCUUGAAAUCAAUUUUACAAUCAGUAUCACAUAGUACAUCGUGUAAAACACUUGCACUGACUGUAUGUAAACAAUUAAAUACUGUUGUGAAUUCAUUCACUAAACAAUAGUAGCCAUUAUUAUUAUUAUUAUUAUUAUU